AUGGGAGACAGGCUGCCGGAGCCUCACGCCAGCUCUUCCCCUGCUGUGGCUGCCAGCUCGGAGGCGGAAGAAAUCGAGGUGCUGGACUCCGAGGAUGUCCUACCUAUGGCCGCAGAGGAUCACUGGAAAGCCCUAUUUGAUCAGAAAGGUAGCUGUUCCUGCAGGCAGGCACUAAAGCAAGAGGAAAGCAGCUGGGAUGGAGCAGCAGUCAGGAAGCAGGCUGAAAUGUUUGAUCCUGACAACACUGGCUACAUCAGCACUGAGAAGUUUCGCUCCCUUCUCCAGAGACACGGCUCGGAGCUGGACCCCCACAAGCUGGAGGUCCUGCUAGCCCUGGCAGACAGCAACUCUGAGGGGAGGAUCUGCUACCAGGACUUCGUCAACCUGAUGAGCAACAAAAGGUCCAACAGUUUCCGCCAAGCCAUCCUGCAGGGGAACAGGAGGCUGUGCAGCAAGGCCCUGCUGGAGGAGACGGGGCUGAGCCUCUCGCAGAGGCUGAUCCGGCACGUGGCGUACGAGACCCUCCCGCGGGAGAUUGACCGCAAGUGGUACUACGAUAGCUACACCUGCUGCCCCCCGCCCUGGUUCAUGAUCACCAUCACUAUUGUAGAGGUUGCCUUUUUUCUUUACAAUGGAGUGGUCUUAGACAGAUUUGUGCUGCAAGUCAGCCACCCUUUGUACCUGAAGAAUGCAUUGCUGUACCAUCCCCAGCUUCGGGCCCAGGCUUGGAGGUAUCUAACCUACAUAUUCAUGCAUGCAGGGAUAGAACACCUUGGGCUCAAUGUUGUUCUUCAGCUCUUGGUUGGGGUUCCUCUGGAAAUGGUGCACGGAGCUGCGAGGAUCAGUUUUGUGUACGUUGCAGGAGUUGUGGCAGGGUCCCUGGCAGUGUCAGUGGCUGACAUGAGGGCGCCGGUGGUGGGCUCCUCUGGAGGUGUGUAUGCUCUUGUCUCCGCUCACCUGGCCAAUAUUGUGAUGAACUGGUCAGGAAUGAAGUGCCAAUUCAAACUGCUGCGCAUGGCCGUUGCCUUGAUCUGUAUGAGCUUUGAAUUUGGAAGAGCCGUUUGGCUGCGAUUCCACCCCUCCGCUUACCCCCCGUGCCCCCACCCCAGCUUCAUGGCUCACCUGGGAGGGGUGAUGGUUGGAAUCACCCUUGGUGUCAUCAUCCUGAGGAACUAUGAGCAGAGACUCCAAGAUCAGACUUUAUGGUGGAUCUUCCUUUCUAUUUACGUCAUUUUUGUCUUGUUUGCCAUCUUCUGGAAUAUUUUUGCCUACAGUCUGUUGGAUCUGAAGCUACCUCCCCCUCCUUGAAAACAUAGGACAGAAAACUGGAGAGCAGAAGUCAUCUGUCAGCUGUGUUAAAUGAAUGAAGAUGGAGUAUCUAUUUUUGUAUUUAACUUAGGGGAGGAUGAUUCUUCUGAACACAUGAGUGUGCUGGAGGAGGUGCUUAAAGAUCUCAUGAAAAAGUGGGCUGAUCAGUUUGUUCACAAAUCCAGCAGGUUCUGUAACUCUGGCUGGCCAUGCCCUGCAGUUUCUGCCCUGCACCUGGGCACUGACUGCUUGGGUUGUUACCACACAUCAAUAUUUUCUAUGAGAUAUUUGUAUUUUCCAGGUCAGUGCUGGAAUUAUGGCAAAUUGUUCAGUGAAUUUCCUC